AAGUGGGCCACUAUAGAGGCUGAUUAUAUGCGCGAGUUGAGAUUGACAAUGGACUCUCAGGCGAGUUUGAAGACUCCUAAAUCUAAGAAGCCUCCUUCCCAACCAUUGCCACCCCCUGGAGUGAGGAGGACUUUAGACAGGUCAGAAUCAACAUCCAAUCCCUUUGAUUUGAAGACUAAAUCUGUCGCUCUCCCCCAAUCCGGAAGGACCCCUGUACCAAAGAAGCCGAAAGCAAAGGAUCCCAAUAAAAGAGAGAUGACAUAUGAUGAAAAGCAAAAGCUUAGCACAAGCCUACAGAAUUUACCUUCUGGAAAGCUUGAACAGGUAGUACAGAUCAUCAAAAAGAGGAAUUCAUCUCUUUGCCAACAGGAUGAUGAGAUUGAAGUGGAUAUUGAUAGUGUUGAUACUGAGACCCUAUGGGAGCUCGACAGGUUUGUUACUAAUUACAAGAAGAGCUUGAGCAAGAACAAAAGAAAAGCUGGACUUGCAGAUCAAGGAGAAAGUGAAGCUGAGAAGAAUGUCCAGGAGAAGAAUGCUAACCCAGUUGUGGUAGAAAUCCCAAAAGAAAGCAAAGCAGAAGAGAAAGGCACUUCCUCCAAUCCUGCUCAAAUGGAAAAUCAGGGCAAAGAUGUUAGUCAAGCAAGCAGCUCUAGCACUGACUCAGUGUCAUCAUCAAGUGAUUCUGAUAGCGAAAACUCUUCAGGAGGUGGAUCUGAUGCAGAGCAUUCACCAAAGAGUUGAUUCUGUUGUCCAGAUAUAAUGUUCUCUCUUUCAAAGUCUUGUGAUUUCAAGGUCUACGAGCAUACUGAUGUCGUCCUUCAAUCAAGAGGGUGCUGUUGGUGGUAAUGGCAUAUGCUGGCUGGUCCCAAUUUGUAUGAUAGUAGCAUCUAGUUUGUAGCUUAUGUACAUUCGCUUGUGGAUUUCUAAUUUGUGCAGUUUGAAGUCAUAUUUUUCAAAUCACUUGAAUGUGGUAGAAAGCUCUGUCCUACUUGUAGCAUUAAUAAGAUGCUCUGUACAUAUCCUACGUGUUAAUGUAGUAAUAAGUCAAUCAGGAUAAUUAACUAUUAUCCUUUCCUAAUUUUUAUAUUUUUGAGUGAACAACUCUCUUUUUGUUAAUUUUCUAUUUUUA